CGCCACGGAACCUGAGGUGCGGGCCCUAAGCCGAGCUAAAGUCGUUGCUGGCGUCCGAGGCGGGUGCAACCCCGGAGGCAGAACCGAAGACGAGCUGAGGAAGCCCGGGGAGGUCGAUACUACCCCUUCCCGGUCAGGUCGGCUCCCUGUCCCUUCCCACCAUUCACCGCUCGCGUCUCCUCAAGCGUUUGCAUGCGCUCUCUCGCGUGGGCAGGCCGGGGUGACCAUGUAGCGGGAAAGCCUGAGGAAGCACGGGUGCCCGGGACGAGCUCAGCGCUGACGGCACGCCGCUCCGGCGCCCCCCGCAUCCCCCGCCGCGGCCUGCGGGGCCCUGCAGGGAACCCCGGCCUCUCGAGGAGGCCUGGCCCCGAGCGCCGCCAAGUCUCGCCUUGUCUCGCGAGAGUCCAAGUUGAGAACAUGGCGACGUCUAAUCUGUUAAAGAAUAAAGGUUCUCUCCAGUUUGAAGACAAGUGGGAUUUCAUGCGUCCAAUUGUUUUGAAGCUUUUACGCCAGGAAUCUGUAACAAAGCAACAGUGGUUCGAUCUGUUUUCGGAUGUACAUGCUGUCUGUCUUUGGGAUGAUAAAGGCUCAUCAAAAAUUCAUCAGGCUUUAAAAGAAGAUAUUCUUGAGUUUAUUAAGCAAGCACAGGCACGUGUACUGAGCCAUCAAGAUGACACAGCUCUGCUAAAGGCAUAUAUAGUUGAAUGGCGAAAAUUCUUCACACAGUGUGAUAUUUUACCAAAACCUUUUUGUCAACUAGAGGUGACUUUAUUGGGUAAACAAAGCAGCAAUAAAAAAUCAAAUAUGGAAGACAGUAUUGUUCGAAAGCUCAUGCUUGAUACGUGGAAUGAGUCAAUUUUUUCAAAUAUAAAGAACAGACUCCAGGAUAGUGCAAUGAAGCUGGUGCAUGCUGAGAGAUUAGGGGAAGCUUUUGAUUCCCAGCUGGUCAUAGGAGUGCGAGAGUCCUAUGUUAAUCUUUGUUCUAAUCCUGAGGACAAGCUUCAGAUCUAUAGGGAUAAUUUUGAGAAGGCAUACUUGGACUCAACAGAGAGAUUUUAUAGAACACAGGCACCUUCAUAUUUACAGCAAAAUGGUGUGCAGAAUUAUAUGAAAUAUGCAGAUGCUAAAUUAAAAGAAGAAGAAAAAAGAGCACUCCGAUACCUAGAAACAAGACGAGAGUGUAACUCUGUGGAAGCACUCAUGGAGUGCUGUGUAAAUGCGCUGGUGACCUCGUUUAAAGAGACCAUUUUAGCAGAAUGCCAAGGCAUGAUCAAGCGAAAUGAAACUGAAAAGUUACAUUUGAUGUUUUCAUUGAUGGACAAAGUUCCUAAUGGGAUAGAGCCGAUGUUGAAGGAUUUGGAGGAGCACAUCAUAAGUGCUGGCCUAGCAGACAUGGUGGCAGCUGCUGAAACCAUCACUACUGACUCUGAGAAGUAUGUGGAGCAAUUACUUACAUUGUUUAAUAGAUUCAGUAAACUGGUCAAAGAAGCUUUUCAGGAUGAUCCUCGUUUCCUUACUGCAAGAGAUAAGGCAUAUAAAGCAGUUGUUAAUGAUGCUACUAUAUUUAAACUUGAAUUGCCUUUGAAGCAAAAAGGAGUGGGGUUGAAAACUCAGCCUGAGUCAAAAUGCCCUGAGUUGCUUGCCAAUUACUGUGACAUGUUGUUAAGGAAAACACCAUUAAGCAAAAAACUAACAUCUGAGGAGAUUGAAGCCAAGCUUAAGGAAGUGCUCUUGGUACUUAAAUAUGUACAAAACAAAGACGUUUUUAUGAGGUAUCACAAAGCUCAUCUUACCCGACGUCUCAUAUUGGACAUCUCUGCUGAUAGUGAGAUUGAAGAAAACAUGGUAGAGUGGCUAAGAGAAGUUGGUAUGCCAGCAGAUUAUGUGAACAAGCUUGCUAGAAUGUUUCAGGACAUAAAAGUAUCUGAAGACUUGAACCAAGCUUUUAAGGAAAUGCACAAAAAUAAUAAGUUGGCAUUACCAGCUGAUUCAGUUAAUAUAAAGAUUUUGAAUGCUGGUGCUUGGUCUAGAAGCUCUGAGAAAGUCUUUGUCUCUCUUCCUACGGAACUGGAGGAUUUGAUACCUGAAGUAGAAGAAUUUUACAAAAAAAAUCAUAGUGGUAGAAAAUUACAUUGGCACCAUCUCAUGUCAAAUGGAAUUAUAACAUUUAAGAAUGAAGUAGGGCAGUACGAUUUGGAAGUAACCACGUUCCAGUUGGCUGUGCUGUUUGCAUGGAACCAAAGGCCCAGAGAAAAAAUCAGCUUUGAAAAUCUGAAACUUGCAACGGAACUCCCUGACGCUGAACUUAGAAGGACUUUAUGGUCUUUAGUAGCUUUUCCCAAGCUCAAACGGCAAGUAUUGUUGUAUGACCCUCAAGUCAACUCACCCAAAGAUUUUACAGAAGGCACCCUUUUCUCAGUGAACCAGGACUUCAGUUUAAUAAAAAAUGCAAAAGUACAGAAAAGGGGAAAAAUCAAUUUGAUUGGACGCUUGCAGCUCACUACAGAACGAAUGAGAGAAGAAGAAAAUGAAGGGAUAGUUCAGCUAAGAAUAUUACGAACCCAGGAAGCCAUCAUACAAAUAAUGAAAAUGAGAAAGAAAAUUAGCAAUGCUCAGCUACAGACUGAAUUAGUAGAAAUUCUGAAAAACAUGUUCUUACCACAGAAGAAAAUGAUAAAAGAACAAAUCGAGUGGCUGAUCGAGCACAAGUACAUCCGGAGGGACGAGGCCGACAUCAACACCUUCAUAUACAUGGCGUAGUGAGCCCUGCCUGCGCAGCCGCACACCCGGAGUCCUGGGCGGGAGGCCGUCCCAGUCCCAGCUGCAGGAAGGUUUAUUUGGACUUUGAUUACAUAAAUAUUAAACUCUGCCUUACCUUACAAAACGACUCUAUUGUGCCAGUCACGUUAGUUAGCAUGAUGGCAUUCCCUUCAUGUUGCACACUCUUUACCAGCAUGCUGUUCUGUGGAGAAACUUGCAUUCAUGAAGAGCCCAUUAUGAACUUUCAAAGUCAAUUCACUUUUUAUCCACCUAGAGAAAUAACAUUUUGGAAUGGUGAGGGUGGGUUCUUUUUGCUUCUUAUAUCCCCUUUCCUCUUCAAAGGAAUACACUUGCACAGGGAAGGGUUUUCAGAUAGUCAUGCACUGAAAAAUGCUGGGGGUUUUUGUUUGUUUGUUUGUUUGUUUGGGUUUUUUUUAAUGCAAUUAAAGCUAGAGGUAGCACUCAGCUACUUUUGAUGAGAAGAGUGAAUUGUCAACACCGUGUUGGGCAAGGGCAGGCACACUGGAGAAAACACGUGCGCCAGUGUCAAUUUGUUUGUCAAACACGCUCUCACUUUAGUGACUGGAUCUUAAUGGUAACCUGAAAAUGGUAUUAAAUAUUUAUACCUGAUUACAAAUCCUGAUUUUUAUUGAGCAGGAGAGUGCUGUUUAGUUAUUUGUUGUUAAAUGAUAACAGUUUGGAAUUUUCUUUUUAAACCUUAUAUGGCUGGAGAGCUUGUUUUGAAAACAUGAAGUUUAUAAUGAAUGUUACUUCAUUUAAAACAUUUAUGGGUAUAGGCCCAUCACUGAUUGCAGAAUCAGGAUCUCAAAGCAAACAUUAAGUGUGUUACUAAUACACUUAAUAUUCAUACACCUAAUAUUUAUUAAACUGUACCUAAAUUUGUUGAAAACAAUGCAGAAAUAUUCUGAUACAGUACAGUGAGAGAAUUGCUUUCUUAACCUGUAGCAUAGAUUAUUUGGUGAUUGAAAGUGUUGUGAUUAGGGAUUUACCACCUCAGUUUUCUGGAAAGACAUUCUCUAUUUAAAAAUAAUAAUUACCUGCCACUUAGCAGGAAGAAAGGUGAGAUUACGACCUGCAACCUGAAAAGCACUCAGAGUUGUUAGUCUUAACAUGAACAGUAACCUUGCCAAAUAUGUACAUAUAUAUUUAUAUAUUUUAAAAAUAAACAUUUUUAAAAUGUUCAGUGGGCAACACCUACCUUGCUCCUCUCGGUAAUCCAGAGUGGUGACUCAGGACUUCACAGAGCAGUGGAAAGUUAGAAAUUGAGGACUUGAGCAACUGAAGAGAAUUCUUCCCCCGCAGGAAGAAUGGCUCCCUGUGGACUUCUACUCAUCGUGGUGCACGUUUCAAGUUUUCUUGCAAAUUUUAGAAUUUUUGAUGUUACGUAGUGUUUUGAAGUGUGGUUCUGAAGCUAGCAGAAAAUGGAGUGCCGAGAAGCUUACAGUAUUACUCUAUCACCACAGUGGGCUAUGGACCUGCCCUGCCACUCAGCAGCUGUGAGCUUCUUGCUGGAAAGAAGUAAAGUGUAUGUUAGGUGUUUAAGGUUUCAAUAAUUAUAGUCAUAUAUCUGUUUUGAAACUCAUAGGAAGUUGGAGGUGCGUGUGUGCUUACCGUCUGCCGCAGCUCUGAGGUGAAGGCUAGAGCAGGUGUGAGGAGCACUCUGUGCUUGCUGCUCUGUGACAUGGAUGACAGUACAUCCAGAAUUCAGAGGGACAGUUUUAUGACUGUGGCCCUUCUGUUCAAUAGCUUGGUGUUGGCCAAUUUUCCUGUCCCAAUACCAGAAUGCCAAAGGAGGAGACAAUCAAGGGAGACAUUUUAGGCCAUUUCUUAAUGUUUAAGAUUUGUCAUUUUAAACCAUAAUUUUUCUUAGAACAUCUUUGAAAUUUCUAAUCACUUUGGUCAUUUAAGAAUGAGAGCUGUGAUGUAUUGAUUUAUAAAGGCAAACUUAAUGCAAAGUGGGUAACACUAAAUCCAUAGCAAAGUUUUUUUAUUAAAUUUUUAUAAAUUUUUUAAUAGUUAAUUAUGUCCUAAUUGUACUUUGGGGAGUGAGCAGCAGUAAAUACCACAGACUUAACAGUUUUCAUCCUUUUUUUAAAAUAUAUAUACAAAAGUGUAACUACUUUUUGGUGUUUAUCAAAACUAUUUAGUUGACAAGGUGCCUGUACCAUUGUUGAAAUUUUCUUUAAAUGUUAUGAAUAGAUUUGAUAAUUUAAACAAACUCCUUGAGCAGGAGUUUUCUGAAGGCUCAGAACCACUGACAGUGUUCCCUCUGACUUCUCCUCUCCUGGCAGGUUUCACACUUGCUGUCUGAGCAGGGCCAAGCAUGUCACAGGAGAGGGAGGGAAAGCCCAGCUCCCACUCACACCACAGAGACAUUUUGAAGUGACUGGUACGGCAGGCUCAGAUUUGAACACUUCUGUCUACCUAAGGUGGCACCAUCUAUAAAUGCUAACCUGUCACCAUCUCAAGGCCAGAGUAGGGAGACAGGGAAUAGACUCAUGCAGUGGAAAGGGUAGACUCAUGGAUGUGCACAGUUAGACAAAUGUGGGGUCAUCAUCAUUCUAAUAAUUUUAUAAGGAUCCUCAACUAAAUUCUGAAGUCUCCUAGAUUUUACAAUUACUGGAAGAGAUCCCUGAGUUUACCAGCCUGUUGUUCACUGAAAGCUCUUACUCUGUGCAUAAAUAUUAAAGUCUCCAAAAAGGUGAAAUGCUAAUCAUUCUUAUUUUUUUUUAACUCUUCAUUAAAUUGAAUAUGAUAUCAUUAGCUCUGCUCCAAGGGCAAAUUUUUCAAAUUCAAUAUGGGUGAAAUAUUUGCUAGUUUACAGAAAGAUUUGCUAUCAUAAACUCAAGCCGGCUCUUCUGUUUUUGUGUGAAUGACUGGGAUGCUGCCAUAAGUUUUCCUAAGGUCAUAGUUAUGAGAGAAACAUGGUUUGAGAGUGUUCCUGUCAUCUACACUAUGUGUGGUCUAGAGUUCCUGAGGUGUAGUCUCUAUCAUGACCUGUACAGUUUUGAAUGUGCACCACUACAUACUGAGAUGACACUGUACAGUUUUCCACGGUAGCAGUUUCUGUAUGCAGUAGGCUGAAAUAUUUUGAUGAACUGCUUAAUUUUUGGAUUUUAUUUUUUAAGUUGUAUAAUUUAUUUUCUUGCAAAAUAAAAGUGUAAUAUAAAACA